UAAAUGAAGGAAAAGUGGGAGCGGAGGGGAUGAAGCGUUGAAAAAGUACUGGGCUGUACCACAGGGCUCUCUCCCAGGUCAACUCAGAAGCCAACAAGGCUACAGCGACACCCCCUGAAUUCCCGCCCCGCCGAGCGGGACUUAAUCGAGACUGGAAUGCGCGAUUCAGUGUGGCUAGAGUAGGCGGAGGAGGACGAAGAGGCUCCUCUCUUCCCGCCGGGGCAGCUGCUGCCUGCGAAGGGGAACCAAUGCCUCCCCCAGCCUCCUUCCCUGGAGGAAGCCUUGGGAGUGACGUGUGUGGCUCGACGCUGGCCCCCGAGCAACUCCUCCCGCCCCUUCCCUAGACAGGGGGAGGGAAGAUGGGAGGAGUGAGGUGGGUAGAGCUGGGCUGUGCGAGCCGCGAAGUGUUGACUGGAGGAAGCUGCCGCCGCCAGCGCUGCACCUGAGCGGCUGGGACUAGAGAGAGGGGCACAAGCAGCGGCGCUCCCUUGGCGUCGGCGGGACUAGCAGGGGCGUCUGGUUGCCAGAGGCGGCUCGUGCUGCUCCGCUCGUCCAUGGCUUCAGCCGGCAGCGGCAUGGAGGAGGUGCGCGUCUCCGUGCUGACACCGCUCAAGCUGGUGGGGCUGGUGUGCAUCUUCCUGGCGUUAUGUCUGGAUCUGGGAGCUGUGCUGAGCCCGGCGUGGGUGACGGCAGAUCACCAGUCUUACCUUUCCCUCUGGGAGUCCUGCAACAAACUCAGCAACCCGGGGACCUGGACCUGCAAAACUACCUUGAACAGCGACUGGCAGAUCGCUACACUUGCUAUGCUGCUGGGUGGUUCUGCCAUAAUUCUUAUAGCUUUCUUGGUUGGAUUAAUUUCUAUAUGUGUGGGGUCACGGAGGCGGUUCUACAGACCGGUUGCUGUCAUGCUGUUUGCAGCAGUGGUUCUUCAGGUGUGCAGUCUCGUCCUUUACCCAAUCAAGUUCAUUGAAACUGUCAAUUUGAGAAUAUACCAUGAGUUCAACUGGGGCUAUGGCCUAGCUUGGGGUGCAACAAUAUUUUCAUUUGGGGGUGCCAUCCUUUAUUGCCUGAAUCCUAAGAACUAUGAGGACUACUACUAAAAGGAGCUACUUUUGAAAAAGAAACCGAAUAACAGAAGGAUUGUUCUGUCUUUUCUAACUCAGUGUUUUUAGAACUUUUGUAGAGUGUCAAGCAGUCUGCUCUGAUGAUUUUAUCAGCCUUUACCCUUUUGGCUACAAUUACCUCAAGUAGCUUUUUAACAUCCUUUUAAAAAUUGCAAGUUACAACUGCUGAUCAGUACAUAGGCAAAUAUUCUAAGCCGCUGAUACAUUCCAUUGGAAAUGGCAGUUGCCAUUGUGAGAAAACUGGUUGGAAUGAAAAUACAGCGCCUUCAUUUGUUACACUCUGCGGUGGAAUUGCUGGCACAAGAAACGUGCUGAAGCUUCUCUAUAUUACACAUGAUUCAAAUGUUCUAGUGGGUCAUCAACUUAUGCCACUGUGUUGUAUUAGUCCUUUGAGACUUUUGCUGAAAUAAACUGCUAAGCAACCAGCUGUUGAAAAAAGUGAAUAUAACUGAUAAAUGACUCCGCUAAUAUGUACACUCAGCCAUUUCCUGCAACACAAGUUUGUAUAUUUGGCAGUCCACAUUUUCCAGCCAGCUGUGAUAUAUCAGGAAGUCAAAACUUGGAAACACAUUCUUCUAAUUAUGUGGUUGGACAUUGUGUCUCAGCUGUAACCAAGUAGUGGAAAUAACAUGGAGAAGGACACUGAAUCUGUUGUCUCCCUUGAGAAAAUAAAACAGAACAGAAUACAUGCAUGAGCUGCAUUUUGUCCUGAGCAUCUUUUGAUUUCUAUACACCAUGGUAAAGUUUCCAUACGCAACAAGCCCAACUAUUUUUAUAGAAGACAUUAUUGGUAUGAUAUUACUAUAAAAGACAAAAGUAUAGAAAGAAUAUAUGACAUCUAGAGCUAAUCCUGAAAGUUAAGAGUUCAGUGGCAAAACCUCUAGACUUUCAAGAGCCUUCUGUAGGACUACAAUAUUUUAUUUAGUUGUUUCACAUAUUGCUUGAGCUAAAACUUGAUGCAACAGCAAAUAAAUACUUAGAAUGUGGUGGGUGGAUCAAUUGCUGUUGUGCCACAGCAAAGUUAGAAAACAUGUCAUUAUUUCAAUUUGGCAAAACAAUUGUGAUGGUGAUGGAGACAGAGAUAAAGGCCAGUGUGGUGUGAUUCCCUUUUUCCUAUUUUUUUUUAAAAUAUAAGCAUCUAUAAAUAUUAUUAUGAUGCAAUGCAAAAAAUAUCGCUCUGAUUCCUAAAUUGCAGCUUUGAAUGACAAGAUGGGUUUGUUAUUGGUCUGCCAAUGGGUGAAUUCCAUUGGUACAUGUGUGACCUUCUGACAGGAGUCAUAUUGAUAAUAGGUUCCAGUGAAAAAUAUUAUUGGAGAGUUUCAUUGGUAAUUGGAACCACUAAAUUUAAAAAUGCUCCAUAUGCCACAGCAAAGGAGUUAGAUGUGGGGAAAGAAGUUGUUCUAAUGUGAGAAAGUGGCUUAAUUUUAAUGUAGGAAAAAAUAUAGUGAAUGUCUCUUUUCCAUAGGAGAUAAGCAGGGACUGAAUUAUGAUAGUUAUAGAGUAUUAUCAGCAUAAUAUACAAACUAUUUUCUCCUUGAAAUGUUAUUGAUUCGCUGACAGUUAUUUGCAUCUAUCUUAGCAUGUUUAAUUUAUUUCUUACUUAAAUCUUGCAGAAAAUUUUUAAGAACCAAAUUAAUUUGAGGUGGAAAUUCUAAAUUGAUUUAUGCUACAUAACAUUUAUUUUUGUUUACAAUCUGCUUAUUUGGGUAUUUUCAAUUACUUCUGAAAAUAUUUUUAUACAGUAUAUACAGUUCUAACAGACAAAUUUAGAAAUAGUUAUUUUUGUUAUAUGGAAAAUAAAAAUUACCCUAACAUGGACCUCCUUUGAGAGCACAGUCUUAAAAACUAUAUAAAUGCUGCUCUGUGAAGUUACCCUGUAAUAUUUUUACAGAUUCUUCAAAUAUAGGGCCAAACUACACAUUACGCAGUGUGUAGUUUGACUCUGAAAGUUAUUUUUAAAAGUGUAAAUAGGAACCAGGAGAGGAUGAUCAGGAAUGGAGGAAUGGUAUAUGAGGUGGGGAUAUUGAACCCUUUCGCUCUCUUGAACCACACUCCCAACAAAAUCCCUCCCCUAAGUUGUGAUUAGUCCUGGGAGGCAAGCUCACAUUGAUGCCAAUGGGAGCGUCUUUCCUGGGAUAAUAGAAACUUCCAGGGGGUAUUUUUGUUGCAACCACGGCAAGAUGGGAAAGGGUUAAAUAUUCCCUUUUUAUGUGCUAUGGUCCUGAUCAUACCUCCCCACUGACUGCUGUUUACACUGGGGUGGGGGGAGGGACAUAUAUGCAGGGCCAAAGUACACAUUUAGUGUAAUAUGUCAUUUGAGCCUAAGACUUCAUCAGUGUAAUAAACAUUUAAUCUUUGCAAAUCACUGAGAAAGAGAAGAAGUAUUCUGCAAAAUGUAAAACCAUGAAUAUGUUUGUAUGUCAUUAGUAACUAACACACCCUGAUCUAACAAGGGUGAUCUGUGCUUUAGGAUAUGUUUCUGGCACAGGAUCACCCUGGGAAUCCACCACCACCCCAUGCACACAGAUGCUAUGGCAUAGGGGUCGGGUGAGGGCACAGCCCAUGUGCUUAGAAGCAAGAGUGCAUACCUAGUGAUUCUUCACUGUAUAUAUGCUUCAAAACAGAUUAUUAGUGCAAUCAGCUCCCAUGACCUGCAACAGAUGCUACUUGCGCGGAUGGGUUGCUGGGUAAAUAUGAAAAUAGUAAAUGAGCAUUUCAUAUGCACAUAAUUCAAAAUCCAUCCAAAGAGAGAGAAUAGGGGGUUAUUUAGAAGAUUGGUAACUGAGGCCUGGAAUGUACAUUUACUAGUGGCUGAAAGUUAAGCAGAGUACAUUUGGAUGUGGCAAAUGUGGUGACAACACAAUACUGCAAGAUAUGUCAUCCCAGGCAGCAUCAAAGUGACGUUAGGCCAGGAUUUGAAUACUCAAAGUUAUCAGAAUAUAUAUUUUUAAUUAUGAGAAUAUAGAACUUGGAGUGUGAAUGACUGAUCUACAUCAGGACUAGUAAAUCUAGGCUGGCACAAUGAUGUUGCACAGAGAAAAAAAAUCUAUUCCAGAUUAAUGAAUAUGCUAGUGGAAGAUAAUGAUUUGUUGCACCACGUGUUGCACACCAGGUUUCACAAUUUUGUAUAUAUCUUGGGAAAGGUCAUCUUCUAGUGAGUGCACAACAUCGCAGAGCACAACUUUGCACAGCUUUGCAAGAUUCUUAAGUGUGUGUGCAAAUUCUUUUGUAGCUCUAGUGCACUGCUAGUCUAGAUGUCAACCACUGGGCUGGGAUCAGUGGUGGCCACAUAUUUAGUAAGCAUGCCACAAUUUUUUGUCCAAAAUAUGCAAGAGUGCUCUUCAAAUGCACCUUGAAAUGUGCUCAGUGGCCCCAUAGCUCAGCUGGAGAGCACAUGGUUUGUACAUGGAAGAUGCCAGGUUGACUCCUUGGAGCUCCAGUUAACAGUGCUGAGAAAGAUCUCUGUUGGAGAGUUUGUGGAACUGCUUUCAGUAAGCGUAGGCAAUAUUUGACUCAAUAUAAAGCAGUUCCAUAUGUAUAUGGAACUUAUAUAUGCAGCCCCCAUGCCUCUGGUUUACUCUAUUACUUUAUCUCUAGUUUAUGGAGUAAGCAGCACAGUGCAACACAGCUGAAGCAUAGUCCUAACUCCUAUGUCAUGACAGGCCCUCCUGCUCCUUUCCCAAUGUACCAUAAACUCACACUGCCAAUGCUAUUUGUUGCAUUCCAGGUGCAUGGUAGUCUUCCACACAGGGGCAGAGCCACCAUUGGGUGAACAGGUUCAAAGAACCCGGGCCACCACCAAUCAGGGGCCACGAGCGUGGCCCCAGACAUGCCCCCUGCAUCUGAUGUCAGACGCGGGGCGGUUUUUUUUGAUAUUUCAGUUCCAAGUGGGGCAGUGUGGCCCCAUUUGGAGCCUAAAUCAGCCUGCACUGCAUUGGCAGUGUGGCCAGAGUAACUCUCCCUGCCUUAAAGGAAGGGAGAGCCACUCCUGGUCCCGCUGCCAACGCAGUGGGGCCAUUCGAUCUCCCUCCACAACGGGGCCGUGCGGCCCUGUUAAGGAGAGAGAUCGGCCCAUGCUCCAUUGGCAGUACAGCCAGAAUGUCUGUCCCUGCCUUUAAGGCAGGAAGAGUUGCUCCGGCCCAUGCUGCCCAAUGCAGCGCAAGCUGAUCUCCCAAAUGGGGCCGCAUGGCCCCGUUUGGGAGGGAGACCAUGUUCCCCACGUCUAAUGUCAGAUGCGGGGGCAUGGCUAGCCGGGCCCCUGCGUCUGACAUCAGAUGUGAGGGGUGGGGCCACGGCAGUGGCCGCACACGGGCCACUGCCAGCCUCCUUAUGCUGCUGCUUCCACAGAUUAAAUCUAUGAACAAAACUAAACAAUGUUCUUGAUCCUCAGCUAGUGUAACUUCCAUAGAACAGAAAUGGAAGCUACAACUGCUCAAUGCAUCUAACUAAUUAGACCAGACGAGGAGCAUGGUUAUAGGGUUAGGUUGGGAUAUAAUCAUUCUGCAAGUCUAGGGCAGGUUUGUUGGGCUGCAAUCUUCAAGCCUUGAGUCUUUAAAGUAGUCCCAUAGAAACCACUGGCACAAUUCUGCAGUUUCAAAAUUGCAACCUUCCAACCUGAUUCUGAUCAUGUGGAAAUACAUCCCAUUGAAUGGGAAUGUAGGGUAGGCUAGGCUAGGCUAUCCUGGUUAGGGUAGACCAGCCCUCUAAGGUGGGCUGAUGCACUGAGUCUGGAGCAGAGGGCUAGUCUCCCUCUGAUCCCAAUUGAUUUACCAGCUCUCCCUGGGAAUAAGUGCCAUUUUGAGGCCUGUUUUUCCAGCAAAACGGACUUCAAAAUACCAUUCGAAUCACCUGAAUCAAUUCAGGUUGAAUUGUGGGGUAAUUCUCCUUGACCUCAAAUCAGGCCCUCUAUUUUGAGAGUGAUUUGGUUUGGGGUUGAAUUUGUGAAUCACCCCCGAUUCGACCUGAAUCUGUUCGAGGGCUAAUUGAAUUGCGCACCCCUAGCUCAUGUCCAGUAGCACUAUCUCACACAAAAGGAUGCUAUUUAUAAGAAUGUAAGGCAUUUCAUGCGACAAGUACUGCACACUUCCAUACCAAACAUACUUCCAUAUCUCCCCCUAGAAAUGUUUGUCCCAAAUCAAACCGACACUUAACCUCCAAGACGAAUCUUGUAAUUGUGCUCAACACUUACCUGGUUAAUUGGAUGGCCAUAAGAACCAUCACAGAAAAGCUAUUCCUGGACUGAUAUUUUUAUAUGAGAAGAAAAGUGGGCGGGGGGCUUGUCCACCUCAUUUCUUUAAAUCAUCUUAAGUGCAGAGUUUGCUCCAUCAUUUAUACCUUUUUAAAAUACAGAUAAUUCAAUCAGGCAUAGGAUUGCAGCACUGAAUUACACAUAGAUGCAAUGCAAAACAGAUUUUUUUUUUCUGCCUGUAGAAUUUAAACACUUGAGUGUUUUUGUGACAAACCACAUUGUAUUAUUAUUAUAAUUAUUAUUAUUGUAUUGUAUUGUAUUAACACCACAGUUGUGUUUGGCUUUGUCCCAAUAGCAGGAUGAAUUCUCACAUCAUGCAUCUAUUGUUUGUAUUGCAAAUACCACACAGACACAAAGCCAAGCUGCAACCAGGGCUAGUUAUUUGUAUUUUUUAAGCUUAAAGGAUACUGUCCAGUGCUGACAUGUAUUUAGCACCUCUCUUGGAUUUCUUGCACAACUACAUUUAGCUUUUGUAAGUUCAAUAUGUAAAUUUUAAAGACAUAAAUAAAUAUAGAGAGAUCUAUGUGUUUGAAAUAUAAGUGAUAUAUAUAUAUAUAUGGAUUAGCAUGUCAGCUGUAUAUUAUUAAACAUGCAAUGAACUGACUGGUAAGUGAAGUUUAAUCUUAUGGCUAGCAAUGUAAUUUAUUCAGACUGUAUUUUUGUACAGAGCAGUGCACACUAACCUAUUGCCUCUGUGUCCUCUAUAAUGCCUAAAACUGUGCCUAGAGAUUUGAUUUCUGUCUCUUGAGAACAGAUGAUGGAUUCUUCAUGCUGCUGAUGGUAUUAGUUACUUUAAUGUUUUUAUAAUUUAUGUUUUUCUAAAUGUAUGCUAAGUUUUAUUAAAAGAUCUAUCAAAUCACUUUAGUCACUGAAAAAUACAUAAAUUUACUUUUUAAAAAAAUAAAUCAAAACUGGGUGGGUUUUUCCGUUUAGUUCAUUGUUUUAUUACCAUUUCACAAUUUUUGUAGCUUACAUAAUGUUGUAUGUUAAAAAAGUAAUCCAAAUAAUUAAAAAAAUCCUGUUACAUGAAUGAAAUGCACAUUUUGCUUUGUGUACAUAUUUUAAAUGCUACCAGCAUACUUGUUUUUACUUAGCAAUACAGUAUGUGCAAUGAAAUAGCAUCAAGGUUGGAAAUCUGUUCUACCAGAAUACUUGGCAAUAUUCUUUUUUUAUUGCCUCUCUGAGACUAAAAUGACAUGAUUUGUACUUUGAGACUGACAUCCUGGCACCAGCAUAGCUUCCGAGCAGAAAGUGCCAAGUCAUGACCAAGAGACUAAAAACUAGCCACUGAUGGGUUUCCAUUAUUUAAUAACUGCUGUUCCUGCCUCAUCUCACUUAGCUGAUUAACUUGCCAUUAAACUAGUGACUGUUCGGUCUCCUGUACCAAACAUUCUGACUUCUUGUGGUUUACAUAAUGUCCCUUUCGGAGAAGCAAAUACUUUAUACCAUUAUUUCAGUUUAUGCCACAUGUCUUCAUUAAAGUGAGUAAAUGGAAGCCUGAAAAUGCGCAGUGAACAUUAUUCUUUUCUAAGUUACAAACAGUUCCACACAGCUCCAACAGUUCCACACAGCUGAAAAUUGGGAGCGCACACAGCUCCCAAACCCAGGUAGAAAACAGUUUUUGAUUGUGUGAAUGACCACAGGCUAACAAAAUGUGUGUGUGCAGCAAAGGAAGUAAAUGUGCAGCACUAAAAGAGCACAGGCACUCAAGUGGAGGAAGGGGUUUUGCCAGUCUCCCCUUUUUUCUGAAGAGCUCUGUGCUAUCUGAAAUGCUUGAGGGGCAAGCAGCCCUCAGGGACAUAACUUCAGGUCCAUGGGGACUCUAGGUCUUCUUCUGUAUGAGUGCCCACACUCCUUUUAUCUGAAACACAGCACACUGCAGACAUUUUGCUAGAAUGUAUGUUGGCCAGUGUCUGCAUUUGUCACUGAUUACCUAUUACGAAUUGGAAGCAAGACACAAGUCAAACAGGAAAUCAUCAUUACGGCUCUUGAGUUCAAGAUGUCAACUUGGGCUUAAAAAAAAAAAAAGAGGCCUUGUUUUUCAGCCUGUAAUAUUUGAAAUGCUGGUUUGAAAGUGGUCUACAGGAACCAACUGGGUAAUAACAGAAAAUAGAGCAAAAUAGUUUUUUCCCCUUACAGAAGUCCAGAUUGAAGUGGUAUACAUAUUACUCUGAAUAUUAUAUGUGCCAUUUCAAUCCGAACUUCGGCAAAACAAAAAAAUACUAUUUUGUUCUAUUGCCCACUCUAAUGACUUAGAGUUUACAGAUGGCUGAGUUCUAAGAAAAGCUAACUUGGCAUCUUAUAGGUUUCUGUGCUACUGCUGAAAACAAUUCAAAGAGGUACUCUCCUUCCCUUACCCAUAAAAAGGUAACUUGAAAAACAUUCACGGGCUUGGUCUCAAAAAGAAUGUUGGAUUGACAUGCACCCCCAGAAUUUUGUAUUGUGACAAUUGUUUGGUGUGGGGAACUGGUUCAAAAUCUAAAUUAAGAAAUUAUAUAUUUAAAUAGCAUAUAUAUUAUAAUAAUACAAUUUGAAGAUCUGUAACAGAAAAAAAUGUCUCUUGCCCUGCUUAUGUAUUGUUCACUCUUUAAGAACCACAAAUAAAGCAAUAAAUAGUGUUUAAGGGGAUAUGUAAUUUGCAAACUACAAUUUGCACCACAUACAAUUAUUGUUUCAGUAACAUGUGUUCUGGGGAAAGAUAAAAUGGUUAAAUGUAGUUAUGCUGAACAGAAUAAGAACUACAGCAUGGAGAAAUCUACUUAAUAAUUAGAUUUUAUAAUUAGAUACUGUUUUAAUAGUUUGAUGAUUUUUAAUAGUUUUAACAUUGUUUUAAGUUUUAAAUUAUUGUAAUGUUUUAACCUUUUUGCUUGGUUUUUAUUGUUUUGUUGUAAACUGCCCAGGGACUUGCAUUUUGGGUGGUAUACAAAUAUAUGUUAAAUAAAUAAAAAUAAAAUAAUAAGUGAAACAUUGACAAAGAAAA